CAAAAAAAAAAGAAAAAGAAAAAAGGAGUUUGGGGUGAGGUUGGCUAAAUAAAUAUUUAACUAAUCUCCACGUGACCAAAGCAAUAAUUCCAGAUCUGUGUCAUUGGACAAAACACCGUUCCAGUUCGCAUUAUUGGCGUGUCGGUCUUGCGCACCUUGUCUUCAGCAGUAUAACAAAGCAGUACUAGGUUUUGAGCUGUGAUCCGGGGGACGAAUGUCUGGCAAGAAACCCACCCCUCGCCGGCGCGGACGCCCAUCAAGAGCAAGCACCGCAGGAAGUGCCUCCGACCAUGAGCUGGCUGGCAUGUCGUCGAACCCCGCAGAUAUAUUCAAGGACAUGAGCAGUGCUGUUGAAAAGCGCAACAAGGACAAAUGGCAGAGACUCCGCGCGCAGCACAAAUCUCAGGUUAAGAAGACAGAGGAAGUGAUUCAAUCAAUGGCUCAUUCGAAUAAAUUGGCCCUCAUAAGGCACCGGAGAGCUCAGAUUAAACGCCUGUUAGACCUUGUCAAGAAGAGGACAGAAAUCGAGAUGGAGAUUGUGGCCAACAUGCAGAGGCUGGGUGAUCUGUACGAAGCUGCUAGCAGCGAACUGAAUUCUGUGCUGACGAGCCGGCUGUCCUACCUCCAGUGAGUGAAACACUGGCGACAUAUGGAUGGAUGAGAUAUGUAUCCUUAAGAUUUAGCGAUAUAGCCCUCCGUGGGUGGGAUCUACGAGGGUAUGAUACUUACGUUGUUACUGUUUCGAUCCUUCAAAGACCAGGCGUUCUUUCGGGUGGAAGAGAGCUUUAUACGGGUUAUUAUGGUAUCUCUAUGGAAUGGCAUCUUUUGGGCUCAUUUGCCUCUAUCUUAAUGCUGUUCUCCACAGCUGUAUGUUUAAUGAAUGCGGAGGGACUGAUGAGUGAUGUGUGUCUAAGACCCUAAGGAAGGAAUAGAUAUGGUCCUCGCCCAGCAUGCGCGUAUCUUUAUCGAUGUAUAUUAUAGACAUACGCUUUGUGUGGAUUAUUUAUGCACAUAUCUAAUGCAUUAUCAUGAUAUAUUUAUACAUUUAUCCUGAUUUUCUACAUUUUUUCUGCUCUAUUGGACAUAUUCUAUUUUUAGGUUGCGAUCUCUUCCAAUCUGGAGAAAUAGUAACAAAAC